CAAGAAUAAUAUCGGCAGCAGCAGGCUACCCAUCCGGUGCAAUCCUAACUGCGCUUAUUACCUGUCAGUCAGCCAACUCUCCAGGCACUAUCUGGACUGUCAACGUCGUCGGCUGAACAGAGCUGCGCCGCAUUGACACAGACGGGAAUACCACUACCGUUAACAUAGAAAUAGGCUACAAACGCUGAUGUCAUAGAAGUCAAUGGGUGACUGUUCCUGCUUGCCAGCGUGGUAAAGCUCCAUGGACGGUUGUGAAGCGUCGUUAUGUUGACGUGCUUGCGUGUCGUUAUUGCAUUGUAGUGUGUGUAAUAAUAAUCGUGUGCUUACUUGACCGAAGAGCUAUUCUGUAGGGUUGAGGGUGGUAUCGUGAAGUAUACUUGACUGGAGCGUGUUGAACGCACAGAGAGAGGAUUCUGCUUACAACGAGUAGCGAAUCCGAUUUGAGACCCAAAGGUUCGAGUAUAAGAUAAAAUCAGAUAUCAUCAGGUGUGGUUUGCUACGAAAAUCGAGCGCUAGACACAACACACGAUGGCAAACGCACCAUUAAUGGGCAAUGCGGAGAGUGCACCAGCGGUCCACAGUAAGCCAACUACGCUAGGUGUCGUUGGUGGUUCCAUCCCCCCGACACCGAAUGGGCCCCCGAGAGAGAAUUCAACAACGAUAGUCUCUGGAAGUGACAAUGGUGCCCCGGGGACCUUUGCCAGUGCUCUUACAAUUUCACCAGAUAUAGCACCAUCGACUACGACAUCCGAUGAAUUUGUUGCCGAGUGGGGCUUUGAUUUGAACGAACUCUAUCGAAUGGCUAGAAGCUUCUUUUGCCAAAAUGAAGGCAAAGCCUUUCACGUGUCGUACGAGGAUAAAUUAAAGUUGAUUGCCUAUACGCAACAGGAACGACACGGGCCGUAUGAUGAGGGCAAAUGUGAGCCUGUUGGGUACCUCGACCUUAUAGGACAGGAUCGACGCGAGGCCUGGUUGGAAUUGGGUCAUAUGAACGCCCAUACGGCAAAGCAGGAGUUUGUCGCAUUACUGCAUGAUCGUUGUCCACUCUUUAGGCCAUUCGUGUGCGCACACAAAGCCAGCAAACAGACAAAGAGGAACGAGCAUGCUCCAGGAGCCGCUGGGGAUACUCGUAGUCCUGACUCGUCGCCAUCCAGCCCAUCGCAUUAUCCGUUACUAGGAACAGUCGACGGGACUGGUCCUAAUGAGACGAUGAUUAAGGCCGUCCUAAAUCAGCAAACUCUCGAGCAGUUUUCAACCUACGCAGCGCAACAGGCACCAAAUGAUGAACGUCAGCAAAAAACGAUUAUUGCUCAACUUCAAGAGGAACAUUUUAAACAGUACAUGAAAACGUUAGCAGAACAGACAGCUGCCCUUUCGUUAAAUAAUGGCCGUCGUGCGCAACCGACAUCGACGGGUCUAAACACCGCGCUUACCUCAGGUCCAGUUCCUUCACCAGUGUUAUCCACGUCAUCGCCAAAUCACCUUCAAUGUGGCUAUUCGAAUUCGGGCGGGGUUUCGCCUCAAUCAAUGAAAACUGUGAUUACACAUUCAACCGAGUUACAGCUGUAUGAAGACUCCCAGCAGAAUAAUCAGCACAGACCUGAGGUACUCAUUUCGAGGCCGCCGCAUGACGCGAGUCAUCACCAGGUUAUGAUGUCGACACCGUCAGAUCGAGGGCAGCCGGAUCAAACCAGCCAAGGAUCCACCCCAGAUCAAGGGGCUUCACUUCUACAUCAGCAUCAAUCACAUGAACACCAGCAUGGACACGUGCAUCAUGGUGGCAGUGGCGAUCAUGCCGAAAGCCAAACCGGAAGUGGUGAUGCAGAGGACUCGGAUGAAGACGAGUCUUCACUAGUCUCUAUUGUCGAUUUAUCUAUGUGGACGAGAGGGGAUAUUGUCGAGUUUAAGGAGUGCAUUCGACAGGAAGGCGGUGAUUCCAUUAUCAAGGUUGGACAUGGUGAGACGGUUACGGUACGUGUGCCCACCCAUGAUGACGGACAUUCGAUCUUCUGGGAGUUUGCCACAGAUCAUUACGAUAUUGGUGAGUUACUUGAUAUGCUUCAAUUGGAAUAGAAAAAAAUAACUUAUUUAGCAAUUUAUGAAAGUGGUACUAGAUGAUAUGUAUUAACAACGGCUCAGCUCUAAUGACUUUUGGGCAAAAAUGCUUUGGCUUCUUCAUCGAUGACGAUGAUUUAUAUGCCUUUAAACAUCUUCACUAGUUGUGGAUGUAGUCGUUUCAGUGACUAUGAACAGGCCGUUUCAAAAUAAGUUGUACCGUAGUAGAGUUGUUAUAAAAGGCCACCUAAAUUAUACAGUCGACUGGCUGCAACAAACACAGAAUCUCUUUUUCAUUGAUUGUCUGAUUUGGGUGAGUCUUCUGUCGAAGCAUCGAGAUCUGGUGUUGCUUCGACAGAGGACUAUAUCUGUACU